AAAAAACACAACGUUUGAACAAACCAAUCAGGGCAGCGCUUUCGGACAUUUAAACCAGACGGCAUCACGCUCUCAAAAUUUGAACACCAGGAGGGAGAGUAUCAGAGCUGAGGUGGAGCACCUUUCUUUGAGAAGUCGUUUCCUGGUUCAAACAUGGCUCAGUUUGGAUUUGAGAACGAUAUCCACAGCAUUUUGAAGCUGGACAUGCCGAUCACCAAUGCGCCCAUGGCGAGGUGGCAGAGGAAGGCCAGCUCGUCAACCACAUCUGCUUCAGCUGCUUUAUCACCUGGGAAAUCAGCCAAUGUGUCGCUGAGUUCAUCAAAAACACCCAACAAAACUCCAGGUAAAAAUUUAAAAUGCACCCCUUCCAAAGUUGGAGGCGACCGCUUCAUUCCCAUCAGAAACAGCAAACAAAUGGAUGUGGCAAGCUUCCUCCUCACCAAAGAGAAUGAGCCCAUGGACACAAACAAUCCUGCAGGAGCAUCGGAAAACCAGAAAGCCUGGUCUGUCACACUCAAUGGAUACAACAUCGAGGAAGCAAAGAUCCUGCACCUUGGAGGGAAGCCACUGAAUGCUCCGGAAGGCUAUCAGAACAACUUGAAAGUCCUCUACAGUCAAGUUACAACCCCGGCUUCCACCAAAAAGACACGAUACAUAUCAUCCAUUCCUGACAGAAUCUUGGAUGCUCCUGAGCUCAGAAACGAUUUUUACUUGAAUCUUCUUGACUGGAGUAGUCAAAACAUUCUUGCCGUGGCUCUUCACAACAGCGUCUACCUGUGGAAUGCCACUCACGGGGACAUCACUCUGCUCAUGAAGAUGGAGCGUGAUGAGGACUACAUCAGUUCAGUGUCCUGGACGAAAGACGGCAACUACCUGGCCAUUGGCACCAGUGACUGCAAUGUUCAGUUGUGGGAUGUGGAGAACCAGAAACGUUUACGCAGCAUGGCUGGACAUACGGCUCGAGUUGGCAGCUUGAGCUGGAAUGCUCACGUUCUGUCCAGUGGCUCUAGAUCAGGACACAUACACCACCAUGACGUGAGGGUGGCAGACCACCACAUCUUUACGCUGACUGGGCACUCCCAGGAGGUGUGCGGUCUGAAGUGGUCCCCUGAUGGGAGAUACCUGGCCAGUGGAGGCAAUGACAACAUGGUGUAUGUAUGGCCCAGUGUGCAGGAUGGCAACAGCACAGAUGGUCAGGCAGUUCGCUGUUGGAGUGAACACCAAGGGGCAGUCAAGGCCUUAGCUUGGUGUCCAUGGCAGCCAAAUAUACUUGCAUCUGGAGGUGGUACAAGUGACCGACACAUCCGUAUCUGGAAUGUAAACAGUGGCGCCUGCAUCAGUUCACUUGACACUCAGUCCCAGAUCUCCUCCCUGGUGUUUGCACCCAACUACAAGGAGCUGGUUUCUGCCCAUGGAUAUGCCCAUAACAAUGUUGUUAUUUGGAAGUACCCGUCUCUCUCCAAAGUCGCAGAGCUCAGUGGCCACGAGGACAGAGUUCUUAAUCUGGCUCUGAGCCCAGACAGCUCAUGUGUUGCUACUGUGGCUGGAGAUGAGACUGUACGUCUCUGGAAGAGCUUUGAACUGGACCCGGUUAAGAAGAAGGCCAAAGAGAGGAUGGCCAAAUCAACCAGCAGUGUCAUUCAUCAGUCAAUCAGAUAAUUGGUUCUGCUGCUGAAGUUGUUGGGACAAUGUUUUAUAGUGUGAUGUUUAUUAUGUACACAAGUUUAUUGACACCUAAAAAUAAAGUUUCACUUUAAUUUUUUUUUUGACAUU